GGAAGAGCUAGGGCCGUGUAUGUUCUCAAGAGGGGAGAUUGAGGGCGGCGUUUGUUUUCCCCCUGAAUUCAUCAAUUUACGUAGCCUAUUUCCACUUCUGUGUGCUGUUUAACAAACGCGUUGUGUUUGUACAGCGAGAAAGCGUCAGUUGUGGUGUACAGUGCCUAUUCUUGCUCCACUUCUCGCUAGAUAGAGUCGCAUAUGCAAACGCUCUGCAGCCGCGCAGGCUUUACAUGCAACUUCCCGUCCGAGGAGCGCACGACAAGGCGAGAAGACAGAGCUGCAAGAAAAGAAAUAGCUAAUAUUGAGUUGUUGGGAGGAGACGAACGCGUUUGCUAAAGAAACGGCAUCCAGAACGAAAUUUCCUAAAAUCUUUAAAACACAGGGGCGGCGGAAGACUGUCUCGUGGCUUAUUUUCAUCGAGUGGGUUGCUUGCAUUCCACAAGCGGCGCUAGAGUCGGGCCGGCCACUAAAUACAGGCUAACACGGGGAUUUAAUGGGAGCCUUGCCUCGAUAGACCUCCCUUCUCCCCCCGACGGACCCUGGCUCGACAUUGAUUCGGGCGCUGUCCUCACCGGGGGGUUGUUGAGCCGAACUGUUGAUCCGACUGCUUGAGGAGGGAGCCCCCCUACCUCGGCAGUCGCUCUGGCCGACUAUUGUGGAGCCAUAAUAUGGCAGGAAAUCUGAAGAAAGGUGGGGGGCUUAUUGGCAUGAUGAAGGACGCUUUCCAGCCCCACCAUCACCUCCACCACUCCCAUCACCAACCAGGGGCCGUGGACAAGAAGACAGUGGAGAAAUGCUGGAAACUAAUGGACAAGGUGGUGCGCCUGUGCCAGAACCCCAAGUUGGCGCUGAAGAACAGUCCGCCGUACAUCCUGGACCUGCUGCCGGACACGUACCAGCACCUGCGGACCAUCCUGUCGCGCUACGAGGGCAAGAUGGAGACGCUCGGGGACAACGAGUACUUCCGGGUCUUCAUGGAGAACCUGACCAAGAAGACCAAGCAGACCAUCAGCCUCUUCAAGGAAGGCAAGGAGCGCAUGUACGAGGAGAACUCACAGCCCAGGAGGAACUUGACCAAACUGUCCCUGAUCUUCAGCCACAUGCUGGCAGAGCUGAAGGCCAUCUUCCCCAACGGCCUCUUUCAGGGAGACAACUUCCGCAUCACCAAGGCAGACGCAGCGGAGUUCUGGAGGAGAUCCUUUGGAGACAAGACGAUCGUGCCGUGGAAGAUGUUCCGGCAGGCCCUGCACGAGUUCCACCCCAUCAGCUCGGGGCUGGAGGCCAUGGCCCUCAAGUCCACCAUCGACCUCACCUGCAACGACUACAUCUCCGUAUUCGAGUUCGACAUCUUCACCAGGCUCUUCCAGCCGUGGUCGUCGCUGCUGCGUAAUUGGAACAGCUUGGCGGUGACCCACCCUGGCUACAUGGCCUUCCUCACCUACGACGAGGUCAAGGCACGCCUGCAGAAGUUCAUCCACAAGCCUGGCAGCUACAUCUUCCGUCUGAGCUGUACGCGUCUGGGCCAGUGGGCCAUUGGCUACGUGACAGCGGACGGCAACAUCCUCCAGACCAUCCCCCACAACAAGCCCCUCUUCCAGGCCCUCAUAGACGGCUUCCGGGAAGGAUUCUACCUGUUCCCAGACGGUCGUACCCAGAACCCCGACCUGACGGGCCUGUGUGAGCCGUCUCCUCAGGACCAUAUCAAAGUCACACAGGAGCAGUAUGAGCUGUAUUGUGAGAUGGGCUCCACGUUCCAGCUGUGUAAGAUCUGCGCCGAGAACGACAAGGACGUCAAGAUCGAACCCUGCGGACACCUCAUGUGCACCUCCUGCCUCACCGCAUGGCAGGAGUCGGAGGGCCAGGGCUGCCCGUUCUGCCGGUGCGAGAUCAAGGGUACGGAGCCCAUCGUGGUGGACCCCUUCGACCCCAAAGACAACAGCGGCGGCUCCUACGGAAUGGGGCGGGGCAACUACGGGGCCGAGGGCGCGCCGUCGCCCAGCUACGAUGACGACGACGACGACAGACUGGAGGACCCCCACCUGAUGAUGAGCAAGCUGGCCUGCAGCAAGGUGGAGCGCCCCCCCUCUCCCAUGUCCAUGACUCCCCAGGCCUCUCUGCCCCCGGUGCCCCCCCGCCUGGACCUGCUGCAGCACCGCAUCCCCAACCCCCCCGGAGCAUCCAGCCCCGGAGCCACCUCCAAGGCGCCGUCUCAUCACAAAGACAAGCCCCUGCCCCUCCCGCCGGCCCAGCGAGACCUGCCCCCGCCCACGCCUCCCGACCGCCCCCCUCCCACCACGGGGCCCGACACCCGGCUGCAGCGGCGCCCCUUGCCCUGCACGCCCGGGGAGCAGCCGCCCCCCCCCACCACCACCAGGGACAAGCUGCCCCCCACGCCCCCCAACCGCGCCAUGGCCGACUGGAACUCCCGGCCGGUGCCCAAGGCCCCCACCGCACCGGCCCUGGGCGGAGGAGUAGGAGUCGGAGUGGGGGGUGUGGU